UAUAGGGUAACAAUAUGUGACGGUUGUUUCGCGAGCAAAAGCACCUGGCUCGUGCCGAACCAGCGACCGACAAAAACAGUCUCUCCAGAGUUCAAAUUAGAACGUUCCGCCGGGACGUAUUGUGGAACGGUUGCUACCUUGUCACACGAUGCCGUUAGCCAAAGAUGUAGAAGAAAACGACAAGAAAAUGCGCAGACUCCCGGAGAAACUUCCCGUAAGGAGGUGAACGGACCUUCCAGUGCUGAGGUCCGCAGGGAGUCGGUGCUUUCAGUAAAGCAAUCGUGGCACUGGCUGCGAAGCAACCUCUGGGUACUACCCCUGACGCACACCCACAUAUGGCUGUCGGCAGGUCACUCCCUACUGCAGCCCUUCUUCCCGCCCUUGGCUGCAGCUAAAGCGAUUCCGGCUUGGAAAUACGGUUUUACGUUUUCUACAUUUAAGGCUGCCAUGGCAAUUGGUUCCGUUCUUUCCCGAAGCCUGAUAUCAUGGACGUCGGCGAAAUUCGCGUACUUAUUCGGGCUGACCGGAUUCUUUUUCGGCUGCGUAAGCCUGGCUCUACUUUACUGGUGCCCAACUGCAGAGACCCUGUUAGGUGGAUCGAUAGCAGCAGCAAGUCUGGCUGGAUUUAUGGAAGGACUGUAUAUCGUCACGCUGUAUGCAAUCUGCACCGACACAUUUCUCCACAACGCAGGAGUAAUAAUAGCAAUAAUGGACGGCAUGUUUGGAAUCGGAUGCAUGUUAGGUUCAGGGAUUGGGGGUGCCCUUGUUGACCUUUGGGCAUUCCCGUUACCGUAUUUUGUGUGCGGCAUUCUGCUCAUGACUGUAGUGCCAUACUUCAUAGCCAAGGGACCAGCUCCCAAAGUUCCACGGACAGACCCAUCUUCGUCAACGGAGUCCGAAUUGAAAUUCAGCUACUACAGACUUUUCGCCAAUCCUCGCUUCAUGAUCAACAUGGGCUCUGUGUCACUUACAUUCGUCAUGCUCGGGUUUUACGAGCCCACACUAGAGCCCUACCUCCGGCAGUUCCAGUUGAGCAGCACUGAAGUGGGCACAAUCUUCAUGGUGACAUUCGGCUCCUACUGGUUCGGAUCCGCUUCGGCAGGCGUGUUCUGUCACUUCAGGCAAGAAGCAUUCUUCGAAUUCUUCGGUGUGUUCGUGGGCAGCAUAUCUUUCUUUGUUGUUGGUCCAGCUCCAUUCCUUCCAUUGAGCCCAUCUCUUUGGCUGAUUUACCUCUCUCAAGUAUGCGUCGGCUUCUCAGCUGCAACACUUUUUACCUGUUGCUAUUGUAACGCCUACAAGGUCGCAUUAGAAUGCGGUUAUCCGGAAGAAAUUGGUACAAGCGCAUUUGUUUCGAGCUCCACUAUUUUAUCCCAAAUGGUCGGCGCAAUCUUCACGCCACCUACUGCUGGUUACAUCGUUGAGGCAGUCGGCUUCAGAGAUGGCACCAUGGUCAUGUUCGGCAUUCUUCUAUUUUGGAUGCCGUUUGCCUUCGGGCUGUGGAUGCAUUCCAUUUGCCGAAACGUGAAAAAGACACUUUGGUUAAGCUGGGACACAAUGUGAGACACUCCCUCGUAUAAGCUGCCGCAGCCGAAGUGUCAAACACCUAUAAUUAUGGCGUAGAAAACAAACCAGUUUUGUUCCUGUUCUGCUGAAAACUGCUACGUGACGCAACUACUACAUAGAGAGCGUAAACGCUAUGCAACUUUCUUUUAUUACUAGCCAAGGAUAAAUAAACGUUACAGUCCCGAAAUACGUGACGCGCCAGAAGACGGACUCCCGAAUAAAAUUUCAUUUGCUC